CAUCUACCCCUCAACCAAGAUACCUUGGUAUGUGUGGCUGCUGCUGGUUACCAAGCUCUUCCGCUGCAUUGGUGUGUUUGUGGCAUUUGAUGCAGUCCGUUCCAUCCACGUGGUGUACUUUCUUCUUCUAGUGACAUUCAUGUGCUGAACAAGCUGCAAAGGACGUUUCACGUUAUUGUGAGAGGCACACUAGAGUUACUGAGCCAAGGUGUAGUGCUGGUGAUAUGUUGAGUGAGGAAAUCUUGGGAAAUAUUCCUUGUUAGUGAUCUGUUGGGAGGAUCUUGGGAGAACUCAGAACCCUAUAUUUACCCUCACCUAGAAAUGUCAGCUCGUGAAGGAACUCGUCGAAGGAGGAUUUCUAUCCUUCACAUGCUAGGGACGUGGGAGGAGAAGAUUGAAGGUUGUAACUGUCCUUCAUGCAAAGAGUGCAGUGGCAAAGGUAAACCUGAGGCUGCAGUUGCAAAGAGUCCAUCCAAGUCCCCAAAGGGUCCCAAGUCUGUAGUGAAGAAAGGUAGUCCAAAAUCAAAAGUGACAGACAAUGAAGCAUCACUUGAAGAAAACAGUGCACAAAACUCUAUACUGAAAGAAGUUGCAUCAGAGAGUGAAACAGGUGACUCUGUGAGUGACAGUGCUGUUGGUGAGAAAUCAGGUUCCUUAGGCAGUGACAAACUUUCAGGUACAACACAUCAGAACUCUGGAGAUUCUGGUGAGAUGGAAACAGUGUCAGUUCAUGUUGAAUCUGGAGCCCAGGCCUCCAAGUUACCUGAAAAAACACUGAACUCAGGAGAACAUUCUUUCCUCAGAAAAGAAUCUAUGAUGGAAGGUAAAUUAAAGCAGAAAGGUGGUGGUGGCACCAGCAAAACUAUUGUUAGAAAAACAUUGAAAAGUCCUCGGAAAAGUGCCACAGAAGAGGAGGAUAUUGAUGAUCAAAGCACAAAUGUCAAGCAAAAAAGAGUUGUAGAUGAGAUGCUGAUAGACUCCAUAGUGAUAAAGGAAGAGCCUGAGGAGUACCUGUCAGACCUUGAUGACUCCGAUGACAAACCUUCACGGGCAAAGUGUGUGGAUAGGGGCAAGGCUGAGUCACGUUCUAGCAGGAGAGCCAGAAUGGUGACGUCAGAGAUGGAGAACAUUUAUGCCAAACCCCGCAUGAUCUUUACCGGCAGGGGAGUGGUAAGGAAGUUUGAACCAGGGAUUGACAGGACACCAAAGUCAAAAAGAGGAAGAAAGCCUGGCAAAGCCUUGUUACCAAUUAAUAUAAAACAAGAACCGAAGGAAAAUGAAGUGGUGAAGCAAGAGGUUGAGGGCACUGAUCUGGAUGAACUCCAGAAAGCUCUAUCAGAGGCGGCAGAAAAUAUCAGUGAUGUGGGAGAGGAGCUGCUGGAUGCCUUCAAUGAAUUUGGAGAAGCCACAAAGAAGAUAAAGCCAAAGAAAAAAGCUGCACCCUUCUUUAAGAGAGUCGAAGGUGAGGGAGAUAAAUAUGUGGAAUGCAAUAUCUGUUUUAAAGUCCUGAAAGAGUCCUCCAUGAAGCAGCAUUACAAAACACACACUGGAGAAAAGCCUCACAUGUGUGACAUCUGCCAGUCCAGAUUUACUCGUAAAGGCGAUGUGGAGAGACACAAGAGGCUGGUGCAUAAAAGCCAAAAACCUUUCAAGUGCCAGAAAUGUAUGAAAGAGUUCUCUGAUCGUAAGAACCUGAAAGCACAUCUACAGAACCAUGACAAAGCUAUCUACUAUGGUUGUUCCACGUGUGGGUUCAAGUUCGGCAAGAGGGAAUACUAUGAGAACCACAUCCGCUACAUUCACCCUCUGCCUGAUGGAGCUGUGCCAGCAUUUUCUGCUGUAGAUGAUGAUCUUGCCACCAAACAGUUGAAGCAGCUAGAGAUGGAGGAACUGAAGGAAAGAAAUCCUCAAAAAAGCAACAUAAACCAAAACAGGGAGUUAGAGUUGGAAGAACUAGAAGAAGAAGACAACGACGAUGAUGAAGACAUGGAUGAGGAAGAUAAGGCCAUUGAAAUCACAGUUACAGAAAUGGAUGAGCAAAAAUUAUUUUCUCCCGGUGAGCUGAUGAUAAAGAAGGAAGACAGCAUGGAUGGGGAAAGCAUGAAUACCCAGGAAGAGGAUGAGGAUGAAGAGGAGGAGGAGGAGGAGGAGGAGGAGGAAGAGGAGGAGGAAGAAGAAGAAGAAGAGGAAAAUAACACAGUCCUCCCUUCUCCAACACCAGAGGGACAGAGGAGUAAGGUACCUUCCAACUCUUCUCUCAUGCAGCUCUUUAAAAGCAAUCCACCUCAGGCAACACGAGGAGGCACCAAUGUCAAGGUGUCUAAGGGAGUGCUCAGCCUCACCCAGACGAUUCCUGACAACGACUCUCAGGGGGAUGAAGACUUAGUUGACAAGGUGAUAGCAGCAGCAGUGAGUCAGGCCACCAACACCAUUGAGAGCCUCCAGGCAAAGUCUGGUGCCAACAUGUCAGGCAAUGACAUUGAAUUUGGAGAUGAAGAAGAGACUGAGGAGGAAGAGAGACUGGAAACCACAGAUGAUUUACAGGAGAUCCUGGGCACUCAAAGCUAUGAAAUGAUGCCCAUAACCAACAUUCAGAAGGCACCUGCUCCACAACCAGCAGAGAUUCACAUCACUGCCUCAGUCAGCGGACAGCAGAGAAAGUUCAUCAUCCAGGUGCCGCCAGGAACCAACCUGAAUGUGCAGAGUCCUGAAGGAAUGGAGAUGAUUGUAAAUAUUGUGAAUCAGUUGUGUGCUGGGAAGGGGGAGCUGGAUGGACCCAUUGAGGUGGUGAUGAACAGCCCCAGCAACCGCCUGAUGCUGGUCAACAACAAGAGAUAGCAACCCUCGUAUGUUGGUGGGCAUUGAGCUCCAGUGAGCAGGCUGUGUUGUGGUAUGAGGGUUAAUUUUAGUUGCCAGAUUUGAGCUGAUAGAAAACACAAAGUGAUGGAACUCCAAGCUGAGUACCACAUGCAAAGUCCCGUAGAUUGUUUUCUACAUUUUAUAACUCAUAAUUAAUAGUAAUAAUAGUUCCCCAUAGCUACAGCUGCAACUGUUUUUCAUCACUAAUACCCUGCCACAGUCUUUACUUAGUUAUUCACCCAUUGGCCAAAUAAGGGUGAUUUAAGCUGUAACAAGUAUAAAAUAUUUGUUAUUGAUGCUAAAGGAGUACCUGGAUGGGCAGAGGAAGCUGUAUUUCCUAUAAAAACUCUUCCUUUCCCAUAAAUAUAUAUAUAUAAAUAUAUAUAUAUAGCUAUUUUUGUUUGUCAAAUAGAUUAUUAAACACUGUGGAACCUUAGAUUUUCCGAAUGUGAUGUAAAGGGAGCGUAGCUUGUCCAACAACCCAACAGUGAAUUUUCCCGUGAAUGUUAAGAGUAUUAUACAGUUAAGAAACAUUGUACUGCAGAACACACAACACUUAUAUACUCAUGGCUUGUGAUGGUUUGUCUAGCAAAUUUUCAUCCUCAUAAUAGUAGAUAAAAAAUUUUUAAGUUUUAUUUAAUUGGUAGAUUAUUCAACUUUAUAUUUAUUUUGUCCCAAGGUUUUUCCCAGUAUUUCCCAAGGUCUGUGAAGUCAAGGGGCCAUUGUGCAUGCAUGAUUUUUUUAAUUAGUGAGCUGGUAGUUUAAGGGUUAGUAAACUUGGCUCACAGCCAAGUGAAACCUGGGCAGAUAAAGUAUGUGCAGGUCUUUCACAACCAUAGCCCCUGAUUACCUGACUGAGGGUAAGUUAGCCAAGGAGUUGUUAUCUUGAUAAAGAGGAGUGGAAAUCCUGUCCGUGUGUGUGUGUGUGUGUGUGUGUGUGUGUGUGUGUGUGUGUGUGUGUGUGUGUGUGUGUGUGUGUGUGUGUGUGUGUGUGUUUUCACAUGUUUACUACAGGUGACCAGAAUUGUUUAUCCUGAGAGUAAAUAGGUAAUGAUAUGAAGAGAAAUUUUGAUACCCAGCUAACUAAAAGCUUAUGUAAAUAAAAUAAUGCCUCUUACUGAGACAAGGAAUGGUGACGCAGUGAGAUUUAUUGUCUUUCAUUGUCUUUGAGUUCUAUAAUUCUGUAUUUUCAGUUUUUUAUCAAUACUGGUGUUUAAUUGCUAAAAAUUUAAUUGUAUGUGUGUACCCAAGUACUUAUUUGUGUUUGUGCUGUGUUUGCAGUACUUAGGAUAAACUGUCGCUCCUGUCACCAGGGUUUGUUGCCUCAUUUGAGAGUUUUUUCCUUGUCAUAUUGUUUUGCUUUAUAGCAUAGUAAUUUCAGCUGUGGAAACUGAUUUUCUGGUAAAAUACAUUGCAUUUUGAUGGUUAUUCAUGUAUUCCAAGGAUUAAAUUGGUGCUGCAUACUAUAAAAUAAAGAGCAAAUACAUACAUAUAAUUUCUACGUUUAUGUAACCUUGCACUGCCGCUACAGAUUAUUGUAUUGAUGACCCCAUAGUUGCUGUCUCAGUUUUCUAAUCAUUGUAUGGCAAUUGAGUUGAGCAUCUGAAGACCUCUAUCCCUUUAUUGUACAUAUUUGUUUCAUACUGUAAGUACAUCUGUCAUGGGGCUUCUGCAGUGGUGAAAUGAGAGACAGAGAGAGAGAGAGAGAGGGGAUAAUUAUUUGAGAGCUUGUUUGGGGCCCUUGUUAUAUUAUUUUGUAUGUGAAAUUGUGUUCAAGUUUGGAUUAAAUCCCAGCCUAUUU